AUGACGGGGAGGGUGCCGCCCCCGCGCGGCUUCGGGCCGCAUGCCUGUCUCGCGUUUACGCUCCUGAUACUCGCCGCCGGUAAAGUGACAUCAAGACGACCGGAACCCUACUAUGGGCGAUUAAUCGGCCGCUUGACACAAUACGCCCAUGGGAUUAGAGGCACCGUGUACGCGGUGGAUGAAAACACCGUCUACGUACGAGGGUUUGCCUAUGAUGGCACUGGUCCAGACGCAUACUUCUGGGUGGGAGACACACCACAACCGAGCCCUGAAGGGAUCUUAGUGCCGUACCCUGAAGACUAUGUAACAAGGGAUCCACCCAUUCUCAUGUCACACAGUAAUUCCGAUAUCUUACUAAAGCUGCCCGGAGGGAAGAGGCUGAGGGACAUUAAGUGGCUCAGCGUGUGGUGCCGACGGUUUACGGUAAACUUCGGUGAUGUAUUCAUCCCCCCUGGCCUGGACCCACCACGACCUAGAGUCCUUCCAGAAUUCAAACGGUUGGCACACGGUCUUCGCUCUGGCAAUAUAAGCGUACUGGACGCGAAAACGUUCUACAUACCAAACCUGCAUUAUGACGGAGCAGGACCUGAUGCCUACUUCUGGGUUGGCAAUGGCUCUGACCCUAGCCCUUAUGGUACCAAGGUCCCCAACGAAAUGGGCUCCCUGCAUCCCCUCCGCGGCUACCAAGGCGAAGACAUAGAGAUCCAACUGCCAGGCAAGCUAACAGCAUACGAUAUAGACUGGCUAGCUGUCUGGUGCGUGGAGUAUAGACACAACUUUGGACAUGUCUUCAUACCAAAGGACCUGGACGUGCCUCCAGCGCUGGGACAGACCAAAAUUACCGGUAAAAGGACGCCAUCUAUAAAUGGAACUGCUUAUAAGUUACAAAAUAUAAUAAAAUUAAGAACGACCACCGCUAAACCAAGAUGCUCCACUACAUCGCAAUCGCCUUUCGGUGCGACAAACAAUUGCAAAGAAAUAUUGGACAAGAGAUUGCAAGUGCGUUGGGAAAUUCAGGGUGACCAAGUCCAAAUCACGUUAUCAGCAAGACUUCGUAAGGAACAGUACAUGUCUUUUGGCAUCUCUGGUGCUGAAGGAAGACCAGCUAUGCUCGGAGCUGACGUGGUCGUCGCCUACUGGGAUACUAAGUCAAACAAGCCCCGGGUGUCGGACUACACGAUCACCCACUUGGCGCAGUGUGAUGGAGAACACGGCGUGUGCCCGGACGAGAAGCUCGGUGGAAGUAACGAUGUUGUCAUCGUAUCCGGUAGCCAAAAGAAUGGUAUCACCACCAUCACCUUUCGGCGUCCUUUAGCAGCCAAGGACUCGUUGAAAGACAAAGAAAUCCUGACAACGAGAUCCCAGUCUGUGAUCGCGGCGUUUGGACCCCUCAACUCGAAGUACGAAGCCAAUGCUCAUUCCUUCAUGGACACGACGAGGAAUGACGUACAACUUGACUUCGGAGCCCAGAACGACAAGUCGUGCAUCGGGUUGGCGGAGACAGCGGCGGAGGGCCCCGCGCCGUGGGCCCCGCGCGUGGUGUCGGGCGCCGCGCACCUCUCCGCGCGCAUCGGGCCCGCCGCCGGCGCGCGCGGCUACACGCCGCUCACCGGUCACCCAUCAUGGGGUAUAGCGUGGUACAUCAACGACCAGCUGAUCCCAGAGAUUUACGUCGAACGCGGUCGUACUUACACUUUCAUCGUUGAAGGAGGGGAUGACAGGACCAACCCUGCCAAAUUUCAUCCGUUCUACAUCAGUGAUUCUUCAGAAGGAGGCUUCGGGCAAAAGAAAGAAGAAGAUCAACGGAAACAGCGUGUCUUCGCUGGCGUUGCGUAUGACAAUGAGGGAUACCCUUACCCUACUGCUGUGGGUCGGUACUGUGAAUGGACCCACAAGACCACAGACCAGUCGGCCACGUCUGAAACAUUCGAGGAGUACAUGAAGACUCUGCAGCUGGAGUGUAAUGAUGGGGAGCCUGCCGUCCUCAACUGGACUGUGGCCCAUGAGACACCUGACUUGGUCUACUAUCAGUGCUACACCCACAACAACUUAGGCUGGAAGAUCCACGUGGUGGAGCCCGGGACCUCGGUCCCCAUCGCCGCCGGGGAGAAGUUCGCGCGAACCAACACGGCCUCCGCACACACCCUCCCCCACACCCUCGCCCCUCUCGCCCCACUCGCCUCGCUCCUCCUGCACCUGGGCCGGAGAUAA